AUGGCUAACCUCCCAGAGGUUCUCGUUAUUGGUGGCACUGGUGCCCAGGGCGCACCGGUCGUUCAAGGAUCAUCACUCAUGUAUAGCUUAGCCUUGGCUGAUAGUGGAAGAUACCGAGUCAGAAUUUUGACAAGAGACACGGACUCCACUAGAGUCAAGUCAUUGGCAGCGUUACAGAAUGUGACUCUAUUCCAAGGCGCUGUGACCAGUCAGGAGGAUCUGCAUGCCGCAUUCCGUGGAGUGUAUGGAGCGUGGGUCAACAUCGAUGGUUUUACACUUGGAGAAGGAACGAAGUCUUCUACGGAAUCCGUGCCUAUCAGAUUGCCCGCCAGGAGAAAAUUAGCCCCUACGUUUGGGCCAACAGUGACUAUGCACGCCGGAAGGCUGGGUAGGAUGAGAAAUUCCACUGGGGUCAUAAUGAUGCCAAGGGCCGAAUUGGCGGGCCAACAAGGAAUGAAGAGCACACUGUUCACCACUGGUCCAUAUAUGAACAUGCUUUUGGAUGGCAUGUUCGUGCCCAAGACAGAGUCUGACGGCACUGUUGUCUGGGAAAACCCAGCAAAAGAUGGCAAGCUUCCCUUGAUAGCUCUCGAGGAUGUCGGAAACUACAACCUCUGGAUCUUUGACAACAUUGAUCAAUCCGCCGGCCUGGACCUUGAAGUGGCCACAGACCAAGUCACAUUCAACAUAAUCGCCGAGAUCUUUACCCGUGUCACCGGAAAGCCGGCUAUUCACAGGGCCAUCCCAAUGGACAAAUACAUCGCCGCCGCUGAGCCAUACCCGGGUGCACCGGUCAACUAG